GAUCUGAAUGUCCUGCGGAAAAUUAUAUGGUGUGAAUUUGAAGCCACUAAAUCACCGACUUCCAUUUUUCAAAGCUAAACAGUAAAACACACCCCAUUCGGCAGUUACCCAUUUCUUUCAGUUCUUGCAGCUGGAGCUUUACUCUCUCUCUCUCUCUCUCUCUCUCUCUCUCAUUCAUAAAUUCAUAUAUAUAUAUAUAUAUCCGGCAAUGUUAGCCGGCAAGGCAGCAGCAGCAACGACGUCGUUUUGCUCACUCCAAGCCACCCUCCUCACACUCGCAAUCCUAACUCUCCUUUCCUUCACCUACUUCUCCCUCAACUCCUCCAUCCUCCACUCCCAUCCCCUCUCUCCUCUCAACCACCACCACCUGCUUCCCGCCACUAUCCCCGAAGAUCACGUCAACACCACCACCACCACCACCGUUGAUGACCACCACCAACAACUCUCCGAUAUUUACCAUUCGCCCAAGGUUUUCGGGUUGAAUUUCGCCGACAUGGAGGCCAAUUUCAAGGUCUACAUAUAUCCAGAUGGAGAUCCCAACACUUUCUACCAAACCCCGAGGAAGCUCACCGGGAAGUAUGCCAGCGAGGGCUAUUUCUUCCAGAACAUUCGCGAGAGCCGAUUCCGGACCCUGGAUCCCGAUCAGGCUCACCUCUUCUUCAUCCCCAUUUCCUGCCACAAGAUGCGAGGCAAGGGUACUUCUUAUGAGAAUAUGACCAUAAUUGUCCAGAAUUAUGUGGAAAGCUUAAUUUCCAAGUAUCCUUACUGGAAUAGAACCUUGGGUGCGGAUCAUUUUUUUGUCACUUGUCAUGAUGUUGGCGUUAGGGCAACAGAAGGAUUUCCACUUCUUGUAAAGAAUUCAAUUCGAGUUGUGUGCUCCCCAAGCUAUGAUGUUGGAUUCAUUCCACAUAAAGAUGUUGCUCUGCCUCAAGUAUUGCAGCCAUUUGCUCUCCCAGCUGGAGGAAAUGAUCUUGAAAAUAGGACAAAACUUGGAUUUUGGGCUGGACAUCGGAACUCAAAAAUUAGAGUAAUACUAGCACGAGUUUGGGAGAAUGACACAGAACUUGACAUUUCGAAUAACAGAAUUAAUAGGGCUAUUGGACCGCUUGUAUAUCAAAAGAGAUUUUAUAGUACUAAGUUCUGCAUAUGCCCUGGUGGUUCCCAGGUGAACAGUGCUCGCAUAGCUGACUCAAUCCAUUAUGGAUGUGUUCCUGUGAUAUUGUCAAAUUAUUACGACCUGCCAUUCAAUGAUAUUCUUGAUUGGCAUAAAUUUGCUGUUGUACUUAAGGAGCAUGAUGUGUACCGGCUAAAGCAAAUUCUCAAGGACAUAGCUGAUACUGAGUUUGUUGCUCUUCAUAAGAACUUAGUUAAGGUUCAGAAGCAUUUCCAGUGGAACUCUCCCCCCAUCAGAUAUGAUGCAUUCCAUAUGGUCAUGUACGAGCUCUGGUUGCGCCGCCAUGUUAUCAAAUACUAAUUUAUUCACAAUUUCAAUAGAUUAUACGUACAUUUACUGGCUAGUUAUCAAAAAAUCCUGUAAAUCAUCAUAUACGUUCUUUAUCUGCCCUGAUUGACUCUUGAUGGGGAAGUAAACUUACCAAGUGUUUUUGUUUAGGUGUUCCCUGGAGGUUUUGUAAAAAUUAUCUUUUUUUAAAGAUAAUUUGUAAAAGUAGAAUACAUUUCAAAUCAUUUGGGGAUCUAAUGCAAUUUUGAAUUCAUGUUGUGACGUGA